AUGGCAAACGCUGGUCUUGACUUGUUAAUGGUCAGCUUAAAGAAGCUAAUAUGCUAUGACAGCACUCCAUUGAUCAAUAAUAAUCCGUGUGUUCAAGACGAAAGGCCUCGGUUCCAGUUUCUGUAUCAGGAACUUGAAUCCCUAAGGUCCUUUGUUCUUAAUAUGGAGAUCACAAAGGGACCCCAUGAUCAGGUGAAAACUAGAAAUUUAGAGAGAAGGCUUCGAGAUGUUGUGGAGGAAGCUGAAGACAUUGUUGAUCUAUUUCUGACUAGAGCUUUCAUCAGAAAUAACACAAGCAUGACGAUUUGUGGUUCUGAUGUCAGCUGUCACCUCCCGAACGUUGAUAGUGCUAUCGAAAAUAUCAAAUCCGUUAAAAAAGAACUUAUGGAUACCAAGACACAGUCUCAGAGUGAAGUCCUACAUCCCACUGCUGGAACUUUGCCAAGCAAAAGUUCAUGUAGUGCAGUACUUAAAGAAGAAGUCAUUGUAGGCCUUGAUGACGACUCAAUGGUUUUGAUGGACAGGCUUACCGGAAAUCAAAAGCAAUUAGAUAUCAUAUCCAUUGUUGGUAUGGGAGGACUAGGGAAGACAACUUUGGCAACAAGAGUAUUCAAUGAUCCGUUUAUUGUAUAUCAUUUUCAUGUCCGCGCGUGGGUUUCAGUGUCCCAAGUGUAUACUAAGAAGGAUCUUUUAAUCUCCCUGCUAACAUCCAUCUCUAAACUAGCACUUGAAAAUAUCAAGAAGUUGAGGGGAGAGAAAAUCUCAGAAUUGUUGUAUAAGAGCUUGAAGGGCAAGCGAUAUUUAAUUGUAAUUGAUGAUUUAUGGAGUGCUAAAGCAUGGGAUGAUUUGAAGAUGCACUUCCCAAAUGAUAACAUCCGCAGUAGAAUUCUGCUUACCACUCGCCUCUCUGAAAUUGCUUUCUAUGCAAAACCAGGAGGUUUCACUUACAAUCUACAAUUUCUAACCAAUGAGGAGAGUUGGGAGUUAUUGUGCAGGAAAGUAUUUCGAGAAGAUGGCUGUCCUAAAAGAUUGAUCAAGCCUGGAAUACAAAUUGCUAAAAAAUGUCAGGGACUACCACUAGCAUUGGUUGUCAUAGCAGGACUUCUAAUGAAGGAGGAGAGGAGCCCAGAGUUGUGGGAAAAAGGUUUCCCAGAAGACUGUACAAUUCCUGUGCGAAGGUUGAUCUGGUUAUGGAUCGCAGAGGGAUUUAUACUUGAAGAUGGUCAAAAACCCUUGGAAGAAGUGGCUGAAGAUUACUUGUUGGAUCUAGUAGACAGAAGUCUAUUGAUUGUCGCCAAACGAAGGUCAAAUGGUGGGAUUAAAGCAUGCCGUAUCUAUGAUCUAUUAAGGGAGCUAUGUUUGAAGAAAGCUAGAGAAGAGAAUUUCUUCAUGAAAACAUCCAGGUCAGGUUACCUUACAUCAUCCAAGUUCAUUUCAUGUACAGAUAAGCAACGGCGUCUUUUUGCAGACUCAAACUUUUUUUCUGAGAUCUCUUCAGCCCAUUCUGCCCCACAUAUUCGCUCGUUUGUGUGCUUUAACAAGGAAUGGUACUUCAGCCUAGGGGUCCAGAGGUGUUUCCAUCCCUUUCUACUUGUUAGGGUACUAGAUCUACAAACUAUUCACACACCCACAGUCCCCCUUGCCUUAGAACUGCUGGUUCAUCUUUGGCACUUAGCACUUUGGUCUGAGGUCACAAGGCUCCCCUCCUCAGUGUGUAAUUUAUGGAACCUUCAAACCCUUAUUCUUAAAGAAAAUUACUCCGGUUUCAUGAAGUUACCAGAAAACAUAGCCAACAUGGUAAACUUGAGGCAUUUGUGGAUUGAAAUGAUCAUUUCUAUUCCGGAAACUCGCAACCCAACCAACUCUGGUGUAUUUUUUAACUUGCAAACUGUUUCUAUGCUAAGAUUACAUGGUAGAGCCGAAAGUUUGUUGAAAAGGAUUCCUAAUAUCAGGAAGCUUGGGUGUGCUGUCUAUGAGGAUAAAAAGGAAGAUCCAUUCCCGAGUUUUGGUUUAUUAAAUCACCUUGAAACUUUAAAGGUGAUACAACCGGAAGUGAAAUCAUUGUUGUCGAAUAAGCGUAUUAGUUUCCCUGCAACCUUGAGAAAACUUACGUUAUCAGGAUGCCGUUUUCCUUGGUUUGAUAUGUCGAAUAUCCAAUGGUUGCCAAACCUUGAAGUUCUCAAGUUGCUAAAUUAUGCUUUUGAAGGACCCUUAUGGGACACAGGGGAGGGACAGUUUCGCCAAUUAAAGUUCUUAAAAUUGCAGAACCUGGAUAUUCAACAGUGGAAUGCCUACAGUACUAAUUUUCCAUGCCUUAAACGAUUGGUGUUGCUAGAAUGCCACUAUCUUAAGGGUAUUCCAGAUGAAGUGGGGGACAUCCACACCCUUGAGACAAUUGAUGUUGAUAAAAGGAACCACUCUGUUGUCAAAUCUGCUAAUAAAAUUCAAGAAGAGCAGCACGCUAUGGGAAAUUAUGAAUUUAAGAUGAAUGUUAUAGGGUUUUUCACCUCAAUAAGAUGA